AUGCAAAUCAAGAACGUUCUUACCGGCCUUGUCGGCCUGGCUGUCCUGGCUGACGCCGCUUCGAUCGAGCGACGAUCUCCUUUCGGUCGUACUUUGGAACGACGCCAGAACCAGAACGGCAGAAACCGUGGUGGCAACAACGGUGGUAACAACGGCAACAAUGGCAACAACAAUGCUGGAAACAAUGGAGGCAACAACGGAGGCAAUGCCGGUGGUGCGACCCUGGAUUCCAACCUGAUCCAGACUGGCUCCCAGCAAGACGGCAACAACCCUGGUGCCGAUGGCCAGUCCGCUUCUGCUACUGACAACUUCAACUUCAUCAACUUCUGUCAGGGCAAGACCAUCACCAACGGUGAACAGGUCCGAACCGGUUCUUGCAAUGGUAUCCCCAUGGGUAACAUCCCCGCCACCACUAACAUGGUUUCCUCUGUCUUUGUCAACCCCCAAGACGGUGACAACCUGAACGCCAACACCGACUUCAACAUCCAGGUGCAGAUGAUCAACUUUGCUCCUGGUACCUUUACCAAUGCCACCUCUACAUACUAUGCGGCUCCUCAGGAUAUUGAUGGCAACGGUAACAUCAUUGGCCACACUCACGUCACUGUCCAGAGCACUGGUAACUCCCUGAACCCUACCCAGCCUUUGGACCCCACGCAGUUCGUCUUCUUCAAGGGUAUCAACGAUGCUGGUAACGGCCAGGGUCUGCUUUCCGCCACCGUCACUGGCGGUCUUCCUGCCGGAAACUACCGAGUUUGCUCCAUGUCUUCUGCUGCCAACCACCAGCCUGUGCUGAUGCCUGUGGCUCAGCGUGGUGCUCAGGAUGACUGCGUUCGUUUCACCGUCGGUGGUAACGGUAACAACAACAACGGUGGCAAUGCUAACAACGGCAACGCCAACAACGGCAACGCCAACAACGGCAAUGCCAACAACGGUAACGCCAACAACGGCAAUGCCAACAACGGUAACGCCAACAACGGUCAGGGUGCUGGCAACACCAACAACGCUGGCCAGGCCAACAAUGGCCAGAACGGAAUCGCUGCUCCCCCGGUCACCCAGUCCGGCAACCAGGACAGGCCCUUUGAGGUUGAGGGCAACACCUUCACCACAAAGAACGCCGCUAUCCAGCGAGCCUGUGAUAUCCAGAGCAACCAGUGCGCCAAUGCUGUGAACGGCCAGAAGCUGAGCGGUGUCACAGUUGCCGACUGCACCAACCAGAUCGCCAAAUGC